UUUCGCCAGACUGGACCAGGCCGUACCCACUGUUACCAUGGAGAUAGAGUCAGCCCUCACCUCCAGCAAGACGGCUUUACUACAGACCGUCCCAUCAGGUUGCAUUGUAUACAGUGGAGAGUGCAAUGUCACCCCAGUUAAUGAGACAAAAGUUUGUGCUGGUGUCAACAGCGCUGCUCUACAGGGUCACCUUGACGACGGGCAGAUCAGCGGAGUCCUCUGUGAUUUCAGCGUCGAUGUUUACGCUUGUGGCUCGCUGUCUGCGUUGACAUCGGAUAACUUGGUGAGCCUGUUGAAGUGUAAGCUGUCUGGUAACACCAGCCACUCAGCACAGAUCUGGAAACUGUUCUUCUCUAAGGUCUCAGUGGUCCUGGACUCAGCCCUGGAUCUCUUCUCCAACACCACACUAGAGCCCAGCUCUCCAGCAGUGUCCCAGGCCCUGGAUGCUAUACGAGAGGUAAGGCUGGACAGCUUCAGCCUGGCUAGUCUCAGAGAUCAGAAAAUCAUCAACCUCUGGUUCAACACCAGACUCCGUCCCUUCCUACCUGCCGUCUCCACUGACUUCCUGUCCUGCCUCAGCACCAAGAACUUCAGCUGCAACACCUACCAGACCAUCGUUCAGAUCCUGAGCAGCCACCACUCAGCCAUGGACCAGUCCAGACAGAUAUCAGUCUACACUACCUUCAUAGAGGUCUUUCUCUCCAGGAACAACACGGCAGACCCCAGCUGUAGCUCUGACACCUUGAACAGUGGAGACUGGCUGCUGAAGAACUUCAGAGGAUUCUCUACCUUCGCCUCCUUCAAGGACAUGCAGAGACUACUGGCCAACUUCUCUGUGAUGGAGGCCCUGCCCCAGCUCACAGUGAGACAGUUGGCAGAGGUGUCCUCUAGUCCAGGCCAGCUCAGCUCUGCUGCAGACGUCACCAUGCUGAUGAACUACGUACCCAACGUCCUCUUCACUGACUUCUUCAAUGACUUCUCUAUAGCCAUCACCGGUCAAGAGUCCAAGUUCCCAGUGGCAGUGCGUUCAGCCAUGCUCCAGCAGGUGUUUGAACGCGGGAACCUAUCAGACCGCUCUGUUAGCGACCAGGAAGUACUCACCUGGCUUCAGAGCAGGCUCCGCCCUCUGCUGAUCAACCUGUCCUCGCUCCACGUCGCCCCCCUCUUCAGUGUGGUCGCACAGAGGAACUGCAACAUCGGACAGCAGCUGGUGGAGGUGCUGAACGCCACCCUCCCUACACUUCAGGACAACACACAGAGAAACAUCUACGAUCAAAUCACCCUCUCCCUCCAAGGAUAUUUCAUUGACAGUCCUGUCCCCGUCCCCCUCCCAGGCUCCUCCCCACUCCGUUGCUAUGGCGCAAACUACAACCACAGUUUCUACGGUUACCUGGAGAGUUCCUUCCUGGGUUUCGGCUUCCCCAACCUGACCACCUUCCUCUCCCUCAUACCCAAUAGCCAGAUGGAACAGCUGGUGAACUCUCUGCCUGUCUCUGACCUGGGUCAUUUCCUGCGCCGCCCCAACGUUGUCGAUGACGACACAAAGCUCUGCCAGCUCUACAGCAACUACGCGAAGACCCCACUGUUCCUGAGUACUGAGAGUAUCCCUGAGUCAGUGAGGCGUCCCACACUGCCGUGUGUCUGGCCCCAGGCUCUCAGCAGCAGUCAGAGGUCAGAGGUCAACGCCUGGUUUGACCUGAGGCUGAAGAACUACCUGCCCUUCCUCACCAGGAGCCUGGUGAUCUCCACCGCUGUCCAGACCGCCCCUUGUCUCGCCUUCCAGAAACUCGUCUCAAUUCUGGGGAGUUAUAACUACAGCGCUGCAGACUUUGUGGAGAGAGAUGUGUACAGGGAGACCAUCAAAACGUAUCUCACCUCAGCGUCGGUUCCUAAGUGUUACAACGCCAGUGAUCCAGAGCUCAACUCAACCGCCUGGUUUGCUGAGAACAUCGGACUCUUCAUCACUUAUCUCACCCUGGAAGACCUCAACACCUUCGGAUCAGCACAGGUGUUGCAGGUGUUCACAGUGAACCUGGUGAACAUCGGUCUACUGAACUACACCAGCCUGCCCCAGAACCUCACUGACUACUACACAUCACUGGUUUACCUACAGGACAGCAACUUCAACCCUCUGUCUCUUCCUCUGUUGUUUCGAUGUGUGGCCCCAGGGCCGGCCUUCAGUCAGCUGGACGCUGAGCAGAGCAUGAUCCUUCUACAGAACCUGACUACAUUGUGUACAAACCUGGACCCACAGGUGUCUGCAGCUCUAGCAGCCAACAUGGGAGAUAACAUAAACAGCAACACCAUCGCUGCCCUCGGCAGAGAGAGUACAGGUCUGUCUGAGGGUCAGAUCACCAUGGCACCCGCCAGCGUUCUGUGGGCUUCCUUCAGCAUUCUGAGCACUGUGAUUGGCUGGAACAAGGGCCAGGCCAUGGCCAUCGUCCAAUCACUGACGCUGUCAGGAACCCUGAAG